AUGUCAAACAAAAGCAUGUUCGUUCAUACUUAUGAAGUGCCCUUAAUGGAUUACCAUGCUUACAGGGUGAACAAAUCCUUACUCCUCUAUGCACCACCGAUACUCCUCUUAAUAGGUACUGUGGGCAACCUGUUUUCUUUCUUUGUUCUCCGACAGUCUAUGACUAGGGUGUCCACAUAUUUCUACCUAGCCGUGUUGGCCCUUACGGACCUCUUGGUACUGUACAUAGGACUAUUGAGGCGUUGGACAGGCGAGUUGACUGGGGUGGACAUCAAGGACCAUGCGGCGUGGUUAUGUAAACUGACAGUAACCGUAAGUUAUCUGUUUAGUGACUUUUCGGUGUGGUUAAUUGUGGCCGUUACAGUGGAACGUUACAUUGCCGUAUGUCAUCCCCUUCAGGCCACUGUCUUAUGUAGCGUCCAAAAGGCUCGGACAGUCAGCGUUAUAAUGUUUCUCACCAUCGUCGCCAUAAAUGUUCACUUUAUGUGGACCGUAGACCUGUCAAUUACAAAAACCAACGGCUCGGACAUUGCCACGUGCGAGGCGAGCGAAUGGUAUACGUACGCACUGACAGAGGUCUGGCCCUGGGUAGAUGCCGCCAUCUACUCGUUUGUUCCAUGUUUUAUACUUACUAUCCUCAACUUCCUCAUCAUCAGGCAAGUACUUCUUGCACGAAGAUUUCGAUGUCAAUUACAAAAUUGUAAAUCUGGAAGGAAUAACCAAUUGCAGAAAAAGUUACCGACAGAGGGAAGUAUAAAACUCACGCUCAUGCUUCUUGCUGUAUCAUUCACAUUCAUGAUAACAACCUUACCAAACAAUGUAUCACUCAUAGUGACCGUUCUAAUGGAUAGUCAGUUAAACACACUACAACAGAUAGCCAGAUUCGCUCUUGCUAAAACAAUCACAGAACUGCUAAUGUAUACAAACCAUUCAAUCAACUUCUUCCUUUAUUGCGCUACGGGGAAGAAAUUCCGAAGAAACAUCGAAAAACUUAUAUGUAAAGUGAAAGAAUACCGCCGGUCAUUCGACCAUAACAGUAGCCCGAAUAGCAUGUUACUAUCUCGGGUGAGUUUCAGUGGUAACCCACGAAUGAACCUACUAAACUCUAAUUCACAUGUGGUGGGUAGCCGUAAGGCCACGGAAUUGUGA